AUGAGGACCUCCUCUCGCAUCGUCGGUGCCCUCACCGCGGCGGCAGCAUUCGUGCCGUCCGUGUUUGCCCAGAACAACGCCCCCAACACUUUCACGGACCCGGACUCGGGCAUCGUCUUCAACUCCUGGGGCAUUGCCGACGGCGGUGCUCAGACCCAGGGAGGGUUCACCUUCGGUGUGGCACUUCCCUCUGAUGCUCUCACCAAUGACGCUGAGGAGUUCAUCGGGUACUUGCAAUGCGCGAGGAAAAACGAUGCAGGAUGGUGUGGUGUCUCGCUGGGUGGUCCCAUGACCAACUCCCUGCUCAUCACCGCGUGGCCCACGGAUGACACUGUCUACACCUCCCUCCGCUUCGCCACCGGCUACGCCAUGCCGGACCCGUACACGGGCGACGCCGAGAUCACCCAGAUCUCGUCCAAUAUCAACUCCACCCACUUCACUCUUCUCUUCCGGUGCCAGAACUGCCUCUCAUGGAGCCAAGACGGUGCUACCGGCCAUGCCUCAACCACCGGCGGCGCUCUCGUCCUCGGCUGGGUCCAGGCCUUCCCCAACCCCGGCAACCCGACCUGCCCGGCCCAAAUCACGCUCGAGCAGCACGACAACGGCAUGGGCAUCUGGGGCGCCCAGCUCGACUCCAAGGCCGCCAACCCGUCCUACACCGCGUGGGCUGCCCAGGCCACCAAGACCGUCACUGGCGAGUGCAGUGGCCCUACCGAGACAUCUGUCGUCGGCGUCCCCGUCCCGUCCGGUGUCUCGUUUGACUACAUCGUCGUGGGCGGUGGUGCGGGUGGUAUCCCCGCUGCUGACAAGCUCAGCGAGUCCGGCAAGAAGGUGCUCCUCAUCGAGAAGGGCUUUGCCUCGACUGCCGAGCACGGCGGUACCCUUGGCCCCGCGUGGCUCGCUGGCCAGGACCUGACCCGCUUCGACGUUCCCGGUCUGUGCAACGAGAUCUGGGUCGACUCCAAGGGCAUCGCCUGUGAGGACACCGACCAGAUGGCCGGCUGUGUUCUCGGUGGCGGUACCGCUGUAAACGCCGGUCUGUGGUUCAAGUCGUACUCCCUCGACUGGGACUACCUAUUCCCGACCGGCUGGAAGUACAAGGACAUCCAGGCCGCCCUCAACCGCGUCAUCACGCGCAUUCCGGGCACCGAUACCCCCUCGGUGGACGGCAAACGCUACUACCAACAGGGCUUCGACGUGCUCUCGAGCGGUCUGACGGCCGGCGGCUGGAAGAAGGUCACCGCCAACCAGUCCCCCGACAGCAAGAACCGCACCUUCUCCAACGCCCCCUUCAUGUUCGCCAACGGUGAGCGUAACGGCCCGCUGGGUACCUACCUCGUCAGCGCCAAGAAGCGCAGCAACUUCAACCUCUGGCUCAACACCAGCGUGAAGCGCGUCAUCCGCGAUGGUGGCCACAUCACCGGUGUCGAGGUUGAGCCCUUCCGUGAUGGCGGCUACCAGGGUAUCGUCCCUGUUACUGGUGUCACCGGCCGUGUCAUCCUAUCUUCGGGUACCUUUGGCAGUGCCAAGAUCCUGCUUCGCAGUGGUAUCGGUCCCAAUGACCAGCUCCAGGUUGUCCAGGCUUCGGCCAAGGACGGCCCGACCAUGAUUGGCAACUCGUCUUGGAUCAACCUGCCGGUUGGCUACAACCUGGAUGAUCACUGCAACACCGAUACCGUCAUCACUCACCCCAACGUCACCUUCUACGACUUCUACGCCGCCUGGGAUAACCCGAUCGCCUCCGAUGAGAGCAGCUACCUCACCAAGCGCAGCGGUAUCCUCGCUCAAGCCGCGCCCAACAUCGGCCCUAUGAUCUGGGAAGAGAUCAAAGGCGCCGACGGCAUCGUGCGCCAACUCCAAUGGACCGCCCGCGUCGAAGGCAGCUUCGACACCCCCAACGGCCAGGCCAUGACCAUCUCGCAGUACCUCGGCCGUGGCGCCACCUCCCGCGGCCGCAUGACCAUCACCCCGUCGCUGACGACUGUUGUCUCGGAUGUGCCCUACCUCAAGGACCCCAAUGACAAGGAGGCUGUCAUCCAGGGUAUUAUUAACCUGCAGAAGGCCCUUAGCAACGUCAAGGGCUUGACUUGGGCUUAUCCUAACGCGACGACCUCUGUUCGCGACUAUGUUAACAACAUGGUCGUAGCAACAAGCAACCGCCGCGCCAACCACUGGAUGGGCACCAACAAAAUCGGCUCCGACGACGGCCGCAACGGCGGGUCCUCCGUCGUCGACCUCAACGCCCGCGUCUACGGCACCGACAACCUGUUCGUCAUCGACGCCUCCAUCUUCCCCGGUGUGCCCACCACCAACCCCACCGCAUACAUCGUCACCGCGUCCGAACACGCCACCUCCAAGAUCUUGGCCCUGCCUGCUCUGUCGGCUGUGCCGAAGUGGGGACAGUGCGGUGGGAAGAAUUACUCGGGGAGCUUUGUUUGUGCUGCUGGGUCGACUUGCCAGAGGCAGAAUGAUUACUACUACCAGUGCUUGUAG